AUGCCUAUUCGUGUAUGUUAUCUUAUUCUGGUGACAUUAGCUGGUGCUCCUUCACCACCAGUUUGGGAAUUUCCGGAAAUCAGAUCUUUUAAUCUGGAAUAUACAGACAAUUCUGGCUGUGAUGAAGUUUCCCUGUUAAAAGCUUCACCAACAAAUGGCCAGUCAAUCAACUUUUCGGUUGUAUCUCAAGGCCCAGAAGCAGGUUUUGAUACAGUACAAAUUGAUGAUACUACAGCUAAACUGACUUGUGAUCAAACACGAAUUGUGAACUCUGGCAAAACUGUCUAUCAUUUAUCUAUAAGGGCAAUGAAUACUGCUGGUAAAGAAUUUGCGGAUAUCUCUCUCGUUAUCACGGCGAUCAAAAGUUCGUCAACAAAUAAUCGGCCUGUGUUUGUGCGCCCCGAUCCAGAUCAGUUAGACGAAAAUCAUAUAAUCAAUUUACCAGAAACUGCGAAAGGAGGAGAAGUAGUAGUGUGGCUGUCAGCCAGUGAUCCAGACACGGCCACCGCAUUGUUCACGUAUAGUAUGGAGAAGUCAGAAGCGACAACAAAAGAAUUAUUUGAGGUCAUUGGCACCACAGUCAAAGUAAAAUCUGAUGUUUUUGAGGGAACAUUCGAUUAUGAAAAGAUUGGAGCUACACUUAAAUACCCUAUUAUUUUAGAGGUGUCGGAUGGAGCUUUGACAUCGUCAGUAAGUACAAACAUUUUUGUGGUGGAUGUCAAUGACAAUGCUCCAGUGUUUGAAGCGAUCAGUGAUAUUACAGUUUAUGAAUCAAACGUUGAAGGUAAUAUUGUUGUACAAGUCAAAGCAACAGAUGCAGACGGCACGGAUGAAAAUAACCAAAUUAAGUUUAGCAUGACUGGUUCAACUGACUUCUCAAUAAACGAAACAACAGGAGAGAUUGUAAUUGCCUCAGGAGUUACUUUGAAUUACUACAUAAAAUCGGCUUACACUUUGAAAAUCACAGCAACAGAUAAUGCUCCAGGUGGCGCCCUAAGUUCAACAGUGGCAAUUAGUAUUAAUGUUAUCACCGCUAAAUGUAGCAUGUUGACAGAUAAGAAUGGAAUCUGGCCGGCUACAGAAGCUGAAGAUUCGGCUACAAUAGCAUGUGAAAAGUUCUAUGUAGGAAACUAUUCGAGAAUGUGCAGUGCUAACGGUGAGUGGGGAAUAGUUUUUGAUCAGUGUGAAAUACAAGAGACAGUCUUGAAAGAGAUUCAUGAACAGCUGAAUUUGAUAUCCAACUUCUCUGAAGAUGUGUCAAACAAUAUUGAGGACAUUUUAGAAGUGUUAACUAGAGUAACAGACUAUGAUGUGGAUGGUAAUGUCAUUGAAAAUGUUACUGUAAUAUUGAGGGACAUUGUUUCUGUUGUUGAAAACACAAAAAAUGUCACAGACAACAAUACUCAGUAUUUCUUUGAGACAGUUAGUAACCUUAUGAAACCAGACAAUGAGGAAGCAUGGUCCAAAGCAGGUGUUGAGGGAAGUGAAAUGCUAGAUAUUGUUGAUAAAUACAUGGCUUUAUUACAAGAAAUUACGUGCAGCGGCCUGAACACUGGAGAAGUCAAUCAAAUAGAAAAGAACCAUCUUUAUACAGAAAUAGGACGCCAGUCAGGAAAUGUUGUGUUUCCAAGCAUCAAACAGACCGGAGCAGUCAUUGAUAUACCUGAAAGCACCCUUAGAAAUACAGGUAUCAUGAAUGUUUGCUUUGGUGGUGCUUACUAUAACUCCCUUGGAGGUAUAAUGGAGCAGCAGGUGACAGAUGAAGGAACUGUGGAAUUGUUUGCUAGUGGAGAAGUGAAUUCGGACAUCAUAGCAGUUCAACUGCAUACAGAACCAAGCAUGUCCUUCCAUGAUUUGAAUCCAUCUAUUCAUAUAACUUUAACUCUUAAAAAUGAAAAUUAUUCUAAUCCUGUUUGUGUAUUUUGGGAUUAUAACAUCUCAAUUAAGUCGGGCAGGAAGGGGGCAUGGUCUUCUGAGGGAUGUGUCUUAGAAGAGAUUACAAACUUGACAGCAACUUGUGCUUGUAACCAUCUCACCAACUUUGCAAUUCUGAUGAGCCCAUCAAAAAUUUCGGCCAAACAUUCGAUGAUAUUAGGUAUCAUAUCAGCAGUAGGAUGCGCAGUAUCAAUGUUGUGUCUUCUCCUUACUAUCAUUGCUCACUGGAUGGUUUGGGGAGUUGUUCGCAGUAACAGAACUAUUACUUUGAUGCACCUAUGUGUGGCUCUACUGCUUGCCUUCAGUGUCUUCCUGGUGGGUGUGAAUAGAACAGAGAGUCGUGUAGCCUGUGUGAUCAUUGCAGCGCUUAUCCAGUUCUUGUUCUUGACUGUUUUUUUCUUAAUGUUGGUUAUUGGAAUGGAAAUUCUUCUAAGUGUUGUACAUGUGUUUGGUAGCAGGUUUCGCAUAUCAAAGUUUCUCCCAGUUGCAUGGUUGGCACCAAUUGUCAUUGUUGGGGUUUCGUUAGGCGUGACAAAAACUGAAGGCUAUGGAAAUGACAGCUUCUGCUGGUUAGACAUAGAUUCAGGACUUAUAUGGUCUUUCAUAGGUCCAGCUGCAUUUGUCGUUUUUGUCAAUGUUAUUAUCAUAGUGGUUGUUUUCAAGAAAAUGGCAUCAGCAACUUUUGUCAAAUCCAAGACGUCAAGGGUGAAAAUAAAGACCUGGCUUCACAGUCUGUGCGUAUUGCUUCCAAUGUUGGGUAUUACAUGGCUGUUUGGAUUAUUGUCGGUAAACAGUGAUAUGUUCAUACUGCAGUAUAUGUUCAGCAUUUUCAAUUCAUUACAGGGUCUGUUUAUUUUCUUGUUCCACUGUAUCUUUAACAGACAGAUUCGCCAAGCCCUAAAACACAGGAAAGAACGUAGAAGAACUCUUGCAACAUUUAGCUCCGAGUUGAAGAACACCACAAAGGACAGACAUUCACAAAGUUUGGAUCAAUCUCAAAAGUGAUCAGUUCAAAAUUUAUCCUAGAUGUUAACAGUGUGAUGAAUAGGGGGAAUAAGAAAGAAUUCCUGUACCAGUAGUGUGGAAUCUUCGUAUAUCAUGAUUUUAUGUGCAUACUGUUCUUUUA